AUGUCAUUAGCGUAAUUCAUACAAUACAGUCAAUUAAGCUUUCUUAAUGAAUUUUGGAAUACUCUUAGACCAGAAGCACAAGUACGAUAACCUCUUUUAUCUAUUUAGUUAUUUUAUGACCGAGGAAAUGAAAUUUUCAUUUUUAGAGAAUUGAAUUAAAUAUUUGUAAUCUACAAACAUUAAUUGAAUAAAGUUGUACGAAUUAAGAUUCCUUAUAAUGGAUUAAUAAUUAGUAUGAAUAUUCAAUAAGAUUGUUCAUAUGUUGCUUAUUAAACAUCUGAAAACUAAUUAGUAAUUUGUUCUUUAAUAAUAUUUAGUACUUGUUUUCAACAAGAGCAAACAGAUAAUUCUUUUAUACUGUAUAAUCAGAGAAGAAUUCUUAAAUAAUACAGUUUGAAUGGGCUAAAGGCUCUUUAGGAAUGUAUGAUAUAUUGGUUAUUGAAAAUCAUGGAAUACAUCUAUUGAAAAUUGAUGAUUAGGUAAGAAAAGUUAAGUUUUUUUAAUAAAAGAUUACUUGGUGUUGGUAUGAACCAAAAAAUGAGGUUCUGGCAACAUGCAGUAAUUCUAAUAAUGGAUUAAUAUCUACUUACUUUUUUAAAGAAAAGAAAAAAGAUUUUAAAUAUAGAGGACCUGAUUUUCAUUUAGAUGAUUUUGAACCUAAAGAAGGAACUUCAGCUUUUGCUUCAUUAUUCAAAUCAAAAAAAUCAGAUGUUCAAUAAUUUGUUGCUCCUACUGAUAAAAAAAACAAAGAUUUAUGUUAAGAUGAACUAAUAUCUGAUUCUAUUUAUAGAGUGUAUUUAAUUCAUAUCUAUGGCAAAUCACUCUUAGCAUAUUCUAAUUCAUAUAGUGGUAAAUUAUUAUUCUAUUAACUUCAAUUUGAAAAAAUUAAUAAAUAAAAAUAUUUGCUUAACUUUCCAUCUGAUAUCACUGUAUUCAAUUUUAAUUAAAUUUUAGAUUAAUAUGUCUGUUGUUGAUAAUCUUAUAGUAUUAUCCACAUUUAAUGAAAAAAUCUCAAUUGUUUUUGAUGUUAAAAAAUAAAGAUCCGAUUCACCACUUGGUCCACCCUAAUCUAUUUUAUAAUAAUAAGAAAUUUCAACUAUUAAAGUUAAAGAAGUAUAAAAAAAAUAAGGUGUUAAUUAACAUUAAAUUAAUAAAGAUACUUAAUCAAAUGAUUCAAUUUAAAAAGAUUCAAAUAAAAGUUUAGAUGAUUUACAAAAUGAUCAGGAUUCUAAUAUAUAAGGUUUAAAUUAAGAAAAAUAAUAACAUGAAAUUGAUCCAAAAAUAAUAUAAGAGUAAUUAGGGACGAAAUAAGAAAUUGCUUAAUAAUAAUAAUAUUCAGAUGAAACUGAACAAUAAAACCUUUCUAAAUAAGCUUAAAAUACACAAAUUCAAUAAAAUGAAGAAAUUCAAUAAUUUAGUAAUCUUUAUUUCACUUCAGAUGUUUAAACUUUAAUCCAAGAAAUAAAAUAAGCUGAUGAUUAUUUUUCAACAUUCUUAGUAAAAAUGAAAUGGUCAACUCUUACAUAAAAUAAUUUAUCUCAAUAGAAUGAAUAAAGCAGAAUUUGUAAUUUUUUAUUUUAAUCUUUAUAGAUGAAUAAAGUUGUAAUUAUUAAGAAGAUGAUUUAAUCAUUAAUUAUAAAGAAAAAUAAAUUUAUUAAUUUACCUUGCAUUUGAAACAUUUACCAAACACUUUUGAUGAUGAACCAGAGGCAUUUUGUGGAUUAUUAAGAAGAAAUAAUUGUAAAAAUGCAGUAUUUGAAUUUCUAAUUUAAAUGGCAUUAAAUAAUAAGCCAAUUUCAGUCUUUUCUACUAUCUUUAAGCAUAUUUUUGAAAUACUAUUAAGAUCAUUUUAAGAAAGAAAUGGAGUUGCUCAUAUUGAAAAAUUAUAAAAUGGAUAUACUGUAUUACAUCCUUUAGACAUCAAAAUUUAUUUUUUUUAAGCGUUAUCUGAGGAUGAAAAUAUGAAUAAAUUAUUUUUAAUUGAGAUUUUAAUUGAAUUUAUAAGAUAAUUUUAGGAAAUGUUAAAGGAUUAUAAAAUAGCUAUUACAGAGAUCUAAAAUUUAUUAGUUAAAUUAUUAAUUAAGACUCAUAGAUAUACUCAUUUACAUUUUCUAAUAUAAUAUUAGGUUUUAACUGAUAAUGUGGAUUUUGCAAAAUUAUUGAUUGAUAUUAGUAGCAAAGAAUCUCUUGCUUCUAAAAAUCUAUAAAAUAAAUUUUAACCUUAUGAGCCAGCUUUUUAAUUAGGAAUAGACAUGUUUUUUAGAUUAUCAAAAUAUGAAGAAUUAUUAGAAUAUUUGUUAAAAUUUGGAAAAGUAUUUGCAUAAAGUUAUUAAAGUUUCAUGAUGCAGCCUUUUUGCUUAAAAAGACACCAAAUAUAAGAAUGAGAUUGCCUCCAAUCUAAGAAGGAAUAAGAAAUUCUGAUUGCUAGAGAGAAGAUUUGUUGGCUUUUUUAGAAGAUGCAUAUAAAAAAUAAAAAACUUAUUUUAGUGUUGCAGAAGUGAAAACUUUAUGA